AUGGCUGUGAAAUCGAUUCCGAGGUUCCUUCCCAAUUUGAAUAAUCUAUGGACCUCUGUGAAGGAAAAAGAUGAUUUGGGAAUGGAACAGAGACAGGCGGUAAUGGUUAUGAAGAGGAUAAAGAAUUUGGAGAGAAAGUGUACAGUCAAUAUCCAUGGGAGUAGGCAAAGCAGGUGUACAGCAGCCAAAAGAAAUCUUGAAACAGUUUAUCAACUUGUAGAGGAUUGGUUUGCACAAGUCGAUACAGAAGUUGCACGAUAUGAAACACUAGAGGCGUUAGUGAAUGGUCAAGAUCUUGAUCAAAUCAAAAACAUUAAUCGUCGCUUUGGCGUUGGUAAAAUGAUAAAAGAAAAAACAAAAAUCAUUGAUUUACUUAUUCACCAAGGAAGGAAUUUUUCAAGUGUUUCUCCAGGUGCAGGUUCACUUCAUGGUGUAGAUUUUCUUCCGAAAGAUCCAGAUUUUGAGUCAUUUCCAUCAAGACAGUCUGUUACGGAUGAACUCAUGAAAGCGCUGAGCAAUGACGAUAUUACGUUGUUUCGGGUAUAUGGAACGGGUGUAAUUGGAAAGACAAUGUUGAUUAAUCAAAUCUGUAACCAAGUUAAAGAUGAUAGACUUUAUGAGGUGGUCGUAAUAGUAACUAUAUCUCAGAAUGUGGAAUUGAAAAAGAUACAAGCUAAGAUAGCAGAUGUGUUAGAGUUUGAAGCGAUUAAACAAAUCGAGGAUAGGAUUUCAACUUACACUAUGUGGGCAAUACCUUAUGGACAAAACAAAGGCUUGAAAGUAGUUGUCACUACAAGAAUCCUUGAAAAAUUUUGUGGUUCUCAUAAAUUUCAAGAGAGCUUUGAGGUGAAGACCAUAAAAGAGGAUGAAUCAUGGGAUUUGUUCAUGAAGAACGUUGGUGAUGUUCCAUAUUCUGCCGUGGCUAGAGAUAUCGUCAAGGAGUGUAAUGGUUUUCCAAUAGCACUUGUUGUGCUUGGCAGGACAUUGCAGGGGGUGAUAACUCAAUGGAUUCCCAAGGAUGGGAAGCUUACUCAAUAG